AUGGCUGAUUGGUUCAGAUAUAAAUUAAGUCAUGGAGGGGCCACCCCCGACAUUCCUCGUCGGACGCGUGCUGCUCUCGCUGAAAUCCCUGCUCGAAUGGAUCGUCUUCGGAUGACUCCUCUUCAAGCCAUCGCUAUAAACACCAGGGAGGUGUCACCUGGCCUACCUACUGGGUACUUGAGUCCAGCACCAUCUCCUGAUGAACAGCUCAUACAACAAAGAGGUAGAAAGCGUGCUCCAGUCAGUUGGUCCCCCGACAUUGACUCAAAGCGCAACUCCACUUUUCAUUCAGCGGUUCGUACGCCUCCAAGAGAAGGCUCCAGUCGCAGUUCUCCCCCAAAACUUGGCGUGACAUUACGUUCAACCCCACGUAAGCGUUUAUUACUGGACGAAGAACGCGUUCCUAUAACUCCCGAGAAAAUAGACUUCAGUGACCUAAGUACGCCGCAAAAGUUCAAAAUCACCUCCCCAGUUAAAUCUACUCCACCAAUAAAACGCUGCCGGUUGGAAAAACUCCUCGAUCCCGAUUACAAAGGUCCGAUUGAUACACCCCUCAAAGGUCUCAGUCCCACACAAUUAAUAAACAUUAUCAAAAAAAUUGCACACAAACAUCCCGAGCUCGACGACGAGAUUCGGAGUGAACUGCCCCUUCCCGAUCUCUCGCCAUUAGAAGAAAGACUGAACUAUUUAAAAUCGAACAUAUUUAAGAGUCUCCCAACAUCAAGACUGACUUCUAAAACGGAUUCACCUGCAUUCUCUAGGGUCGCAACGCAUCUUGCCGCGUUCAAAAAGUGUUUGGUUGAUCAGGGGAAAAUGUUGAUAGAGUCCCAGCACUGGGAAUCGGUUCUUCAAUAUGUCUUUUUAGCGUGGAGUUAUGUUAGGGCCACCCCGGUGUGGGACAAUCAGCCACAUAAUGUUCAAAGGAAGCAGUGUUUUAGGGCUUUGUCAAACUUUUGUAUGACGGCCUUGAAAAAGGGUGUGUUCACAUCAGAUGUACUUUUGAAUCUUCAGGACAAAUUGCAGUCCAUGGAGGCUGACAGCGAAGAUGUUAAGUCGAGUGUUAAGUAUGUUGAAAGUUUACUUAAUGAUACAUAA